UUACCCGUUAAACUAUUGAUGGCGCGUAUUUGACAUGAAAACCCGUCUCGAAAUUAUGCACAAUUUGGAUUAAGUUAGAGACACAGGAAUCACUCUUAUCAACGACCAUCUUAAAACAUGUAUGAAUAUUUACUCAGGAAUCGGUGAUAGCGGUCAAUACACAAUAUCAUAUGUUCGAUUAGUUGAGGAAGAUCACCUGUAUCGAAAAUGGAAAAUUCUGAUGAAGAAAAUAACUUUCUUAUUCUGAUACAAGCUCUAAAGUUUGUUACUGAAGGACUUAAAGAAUACACGAUCCAGGGACUGGAUGACCUGUACAACAGACUGAGGAGAAGGGUUUCAGCUAGUGGCCCAUGUACUCAGCAGUGCAACAGGAACCACAGGGACGCCACACGGUGGUGCCAAACCUGCCAAAACUGGAAAAAAGAGCUGGAAAAGUACAUGAGAUCUGCUAAAUUGAAGAACAAUACGAAAUGGUACAACGUUGAAAUAUCUUACUUUUCAGGGGUUGAUACAACAAAAGCCAAGGAUGAACUAUUCCGUGUGUUUAUACAAGGGCAGGGAUCUUUGCCAGUAACGUUUGAUAUUCAGACAAUGUUAUCGUUAUUUCAAAACUGCAAGUAUUUUGAUAUCGGAGACGAUGUAUUACUCUUGACUUCCAUUAGAAGAGUAAGAAAUUAUGAUUUUGCCCAUUCAGAAGAUUUCAAAUUAACCAACAAGCAGUUAAAGAAAGACAUUAAUUCACUAUGUAAAUUGUUUCGCCAUCCUUCGAUACGUAGAUGCCCAAGUGCGUCUGAAAUAUUAUCAAAGCUACGAAGACUUCAAAGAAAUGAUAGAAUAUUAAUCCAAAGUGAAACACGUCGGUUUUUCAUUCAUAUCAAAGAAAACUUCAUUACAAAUGAGUCAUUGAAGACGCUAACAUGCUCACCCCAUGAUCAGAAAACAGGAAUACAGCAUACAACUUCCCUUCUCAUAAUAUCGAUUAUUGCGGGAUUUUUGCUUUUACGUAUUUUCUAUAGACGUUGGGAAAUCUACAACCAUCCAGAAAUGAGAGCUGCAGAGAAAGUAGUAUGCAAAGUAAUGGAGUACAAGAAACCAUUCCAGCUGAACUUUGACUUCGAGUUUUACCGAUCUCAACACGGACCACUUAUUGGACGCCAGUGGCUGUUGAAUGACUUUGACUACCUAAUGUACUCGACAACUAGAGGUGUUCUGGUGGUCGCCGAAACGGGGUAUGGAAAGUCUGCGAUAGUGUCUCACCUUAUUUGUCAGAAUGAUAGACGUCUGCCUGGAAACUGGAUAUAUGAGCGAAUUGUAUCUUAUCAUCUCUGUAGACAUGACUCUAGAAGAAGUCUUUCUCCAGGAUUGUUUGUAAAAAAUUUGGCGGGAAGCUUUUCAAGUCACAUUGCAAAUUUCCAUGAUAUUUUGAAGGCAAAUUCCUUUUAUGAAGCCUACUUUAAAGAAGACGAAUGUCUAAAAGAUCCCGAGGGGUGUUUUGAUUUUUUAAUCAUACAAUCGCUUACACAUCUCAAACAAAAGCAAGAAAUUUAUAUCAUUAUAAUCGAUGCUUUAGAUGAAUGCACAGCUAAUUCGGGCCUCAAUAUACUAACUCUUUUGGAAAGGCGAAUGAAAAGAUUACCGUCUUUCAUCAAAUUUUUAAUCACCACGAGGAAUACAACAUCCAUCACUUUAAAAAUGCGAUCUUUACUCCAUGUUUACGAGUUAGAUAGUCAAAGCCCUAAUAAUGCAAAAGACAUCGAAAUGAUCAUGCGGUACAAAGUUGAUAAAAUUUCAAGAGAUAAGUAUGAUAAUCUGAAGACAAAAUUCAAAACUUCUAACAUCACCCUGAUGGUUUCCUCAGCCUUAAAAUAUGCAAAACAUAAUAUGCUUUAUCUACAUUACGCAUUUGAAGUUUGGAUUCAAAAUAAGUAUGUACCUUUAUCUGAAACACCAUCUACGUUUGAAGAAUUUUUCCACUACAACUUAGAGAGGAUAUUUGGAGAGAAUGACGAAUUUGAUAAGAUCAGAGGUAUAUUUGAAGUGUUGUGUGCUGCAGAAGAACCCAUUUCUGACAGGGAAAUUCUCCGUAUAGCAGAUAUUCCAAAGGAAAAUCAUAUUCAAAUUUGGAAGUUAUUUGGAAAUGAAAUGAGUCACUUCAUAAAGCAUAGCUAUGGGAAGAUUUCUAUAGCUCAUGUAAAGCUAUCACAAUUUUUGACAGACAAACGAAGAAGAUAUGGAAAAUUCUACGUUUCGGAGCAGGAGGGAAACCUCAAAUUCGCUUCUUUUUGGCUGAGUAAAGUCGAACAACAGAUGUCAUUCCACAACAUAGAUAUUGUCCAACUUGCCUUAUAUGUUUCAAGGUCAAAGAACAAAUCACAGGAAAAGAAUUUUUUACAUUACGGCAAAAGGUUUAGAAAAGAAUUUGACGACGAUUUUUUUCUGCAUCGCGCAGCCUUGUCAAUUAAUUCCUAUCAGGCCAUGGUCUUGCUGAUAGAAAUUUCUGGUCGAGACAUUGAGAAAAGAGAUAAUACUGGAAACUUCUCUUCAGCGUACUUGGCGUCAACUUUUGGAAACCACAGAACGUUAGAUGCACUGCUCCAGCACGGCGCUAAUAUUCAUUUUGUUAGAAAAAGUCCUGAAAUUGUGAAAAGAUUCAUAGGAGUGGAAGAUUUCUGCAAACAAUUUGCUCAUUGGGAAUAUAGUCUUCUCAACGUUGCUUCCCAAAAUGGUCAUUUGGAUGUAGUUUCAACAUUAUUGAAGCAUGGGGUAAAUGUACCAUAUACAAACUCCUUGGGAUUAAAUUCUUUUCAUCUGGCAGCAGAAUAUGGUCACAUAGAACUAAUGAGAGUAUUCCUCCGAUACUUUAAAGAUACUUUUGAUUCUAGCCUUGAUCAUUCACUUUACCUUUCUGCUAGUAAUGGUCAUCACAGCGUGGUGGAAUUACUACUCUAUCAUGGUGCUGUCGAUAGAUGUCUUCCUUGCAAUAUGUCUCAAUAUUGGACUAAAUUUCACGAAACUAGACUUCAAAUCAUAGAUGACAUGGACGAUUUGGAAACUGUAAACUAUGUGUUCAAAGAUGACAGGCGCUUUAUAAGAUGUGAAACUGCGCUGGAAGUAUCAUUACAAAAUGGUUAUGACGAGAUUGUGAAACUUUUGAUUGACAAAUUUCCCAGUGCACUGAAGUGUAAAGAAUCUGGAGGACGAACGCCUCUUCUAACAGCCAUUCGAUUUCGGCGAUAUAAUGCCUUAAAACAAAUUUUGCUUCAUGAAAAUGCUCGAAAUAUUACUUGCUUGUUUAACCGAAAUCGUUGGAAAAAACUCGAUCUGAAUGACAAGGAGCGUAAUGAAUAUUUAGAAAACCAAUGUCCUUUCAAUUCUAGCAUUUCCCAUUUGUGUGCUAUGUACGGGGAUUUGGAAACAAUAAAACUUUUGCAAACCUAUGGUCUUAUUAAUUGGUCUGAAAGGAACCCAGACGGUGAUACGCCGUUACAUGUAGCUUCAUGCAAAGGUCACAUUAAGACAAUAAAGUUGUAUGAGCAAAAUCAUGAAGGUGAAUUGUGGAAUGUCAGAGCCAAGAACGGGUCGACACUUAUGCAUUCAGCAGCUACAUGUCACAGAUAUAGACUCUUAUCCUAUUUGUUGGAAAAACAACACGAUCAUGUUUUUGACGACAUGAACCUGGGAAUAUCUCAUUAUCUCACAAAGACUGGGUCACAUGGAGUAAAAGAAAGGAACGAGUUAUUAAACAUUGAAGAUAAUGUGAAAGAGAGAAUUAUCAGGGAAAUUUUUCUUGUGGAUGUUUACAACAGAACACCGUUACAUUAUGCUGCAGUUCAUGGAAAUGUGGAUUAUCUCUCUUUUCUAAUUUCCUUGGGUUUAGAACACACUGCAUGGACGCGCAUCUUAAAUAUGGCCGAUUACACAAGUAGAAUCAUCAUUGAGCUAGCUUUUGCAAACGUUCCAUUGUAUCAUGGACUCAAAACGAUGAAUUAUGAAUCAGUCAGCAUAAAGCCUCAAGAGAAAUUUAUUUACCUUCUGCUGGGAAAUGUUAUACCCUCAAGAUAUUAUGUGCAGACAAAUUACCAUAAAUUUGUUGAAAUGACAGCCGAAAAAAAUAGUUCUUACCUCAUGGAUAUUCUUCACUAUUUUUUUCAGUCUAAUAAUUAUCCAACACUUAAAGUUUGGAGUCAUCUUCUGUCGCACGAUGUGAUAGAUCCAGUUAUGUUUAGCUUUAUUCCGAAGUUGAAAUACAUGUGUCAUCGCGAUAAAAACAAUAUUCUGCAUAAAAUUAUCCAGGAUGAAAAAAGAACAGUGUGGGUACACGAAGAAACAUCUUUUAAGUUUGACAAAUUAUUUCUAUUAAACUGGAAAAAUAUAACUAAGUGUUUAGAUAAGAAUGGUCACAAUUUACUACACAGGGCAAUAAUGGGAGGUAACUAUGCAGCGUUUAUCUAUCUUUUGAACAAGGGAGUUCCUUUGAAUGGAGAUUCCAGGGAUGAAAUCAAUUUGUUACAGCUGGUUGUAAAAAGUGCUCCAACAUUUCAAAAAGAAACUUUAAAGAUUCGUUUGAUAGUUCCCGAACUUAGGAAUCGUACUGUACGAACUGAAGCUGCAUGGAAUUUUGAUACGAUAUCCAAAGAAGUAUAUAAUUAUGAUAAAAUUGCAGAGGUAAUUGUCAGAAAGUCUCCAAAAUUAGAUGUUAACAGAGAUUUCUUCUGUAGGAAAGAAGAGAAAAAUUUGAGCAUCGUUCAUCUGAUUGCUGCAAAGGGGUUUACGAGUAUGAUAUCGGAAAUCAAACAUAAAUUUGGAAACAACAUAUUAGAAUGCAAGAAUCAAAAUGAAAUAACUUCUUCCCAAAUGCUUUAUUUCUUUGGGCACAUGAUUAAAACAAUGAGGUAUUCACGCCAUCGUGGUGGAGUGUAUUUAGAAAACAGUGAUGCGUUUAGUGCACUUCUUUUGAAGUAUGUUUUUGAUUUCAAAACAUUUGUAUAUCCUAAAAACUCAGUAGCCAGAAAAUGCAAUGGUGUAAUAAGAAACCGGAGAAAUGUUGAGAGAAUGCACCUUUGUACCGACAAACUGGAGGCGGAAGUACUGAAGCUGUUUCAGCAAUACGUCAAAUGGAGCGGUGUUAAAUCUGGAGAUGAUUUUGCCCGUACAGUGAAAUACAAUGAAUUCCAUGAUAUAUUUUCAAAGACUGACAAGCCGCAUGAAAUGAAUAUUUUCGAAAGCUAUCUACACAAACUGUCCAAAAGUUUGCAAAAUCGAAAUCAAAAUGUACGUGAACGUAUGAAGAAAAUUCAAAUUUUGCAAACUUCCUUGGUGAAAAGUGAUUGUUUGAAAUCAAAAUUAACUUCUCGAAACACAAGUUUAGCAUGUCUACAACGAUUUCAGCAAAUACAUUCUCAAAAGCAAAAAACAACGUUGGCGUUGAUUUGUCUUUUCUUUGUUUUCAGUUAUACGAAGGGGAUAUUUAUAUUCCUUUUCAUGAGUACCAAAUAGAAUCUCAACCAGAUUUGUAUAUAUAUGCCAUGAUUUUACAUCUUGGUAUAAUGCAUUCUAAAAUUGAUUUUGGAUUUCAAAAUACACCACAUUACAAUUUUUGGAAUGUCCUCAAACUACCAAAGAAGAGCGCGUUUAGUAUUAUGGUACACAAAAUUAGCAGCUCUACAGUUGAGGAUAUUAGUUCAUGGAGGAGCGCUUAUAGAUCCUUUACUGGUGAUGUUUCAAAAAAUGUAAACAUUUUGCAAAACACAUCAUACGUUCAGAACUAUCUUAAGGAAUAUGAAAACAUCAUUGGUAUACCAAGUGAAUGAUCAGUGAAUCUGAGGAAGAAAGAAUAGCAAUUAAUAUUCAUGCUUCCUGGAAAACUCUAAGACCUAUAGCUGCUUAUUUGCUGUUUGUCCAUCCAAUAUCAGAUUGUUUAGUGUUUUCAGGGUUCCGUGUUCGGAAUACUCUCAGUUUUGUUUUUCUUAAAGGCAUUAUGAAAUGGAUACCUGCUCGUUAUCUUUACUUUUUCAUUAUUUUACAUCUAGCUUUACAUUUAUAUUACAUAAUAACUCAACCUUGGUGGAGUACCUUCACUGUGUAUCAGUUAAAAUAAUAUAUCUCUCUUAUUUGUUAUGCAUGGAAGGCGAAGAUAACGAACAGUGAUCAAUCUCAUAACUCCUAUAAGCAAUACAAAAUAGAUAAUUGGGAAAACACGGACCCCUGGACACAGCAUGGAUGGGAUCAGGUGCCUAGGAGGAGUAAGCAUCCCCUGUUGACCGGUCACCUGCAUUGUGUGAUUCGAUCUAAUUUGUUAUUCAUAUAUUGUGUGACUAUAUAAUUUGUAAUAUAUGUAUUGUGUGAUUAUAUAAUUUGUUAUACAUGUGUUGUGUGACUAUAUAAUUUGUUAUACAUGUAUUGUGUGACUUUAUGUGUUAUAUAUGUG